AUGGUGAAGGAAGGUAUAAUUCUUGGUCACAAAGUGUGGCAAAAGGGGCUGGAGGUUGAUAAAGACAAGAUUGAAGGGAUUGAGAAGUUACCACCACCAAUUUUGGUGAAGGGUAUUCGUAGUUUCUUGGGACAUGCCGGCAUUUACCGGAGGUUCAUUAAAAACUUCUCAAAGAUUGCACAUCCUCUAUGCAAACUCUUGGAGAAGGAGGUGAAAUUCCACUUUGAUGAUGCUUGCAUGCACAGUAUUAGGUGUUGUAUUGGGGCAAAAACGCAACAAACUAUUUCACCCCAUUUACUACGCAAGCAGAACUCUAAACAGUGCUCAAGUAACUAUACAGUUACAGAACAAGAGUUACUUGUGGUAAUUUAUGUGUUUGAGAAGUUCCAGGCAUACUUUCUAGGUAUUGAAGUGGUUGUUCACACUGAUCAUAUUGCACUGCGUUAUUUGAUGGCAAAGAAGGAUGCCAAGCCAAGAUAUAUAAGUGUGUGGAUUAAUGCCUACUUCUACCAACAAAAGAGGUUCUUGUUCGAUGUUAAGAUGUACUUUUGGGAUGAACCAUAUUUAUUCAGAGAGUGUGCAGACCAUAUCAUUAGGAUAUGUGUUACGGAAGAAAAAGCCAUCGAAAUUCUCCAUGCUUGUCAUGCUUCACCGGUUGGGGGUUAUCACGGUGGUGUACACACAGCUGCUAAAGUCCUUCAAAGUGGCUUCUACUGGUCAUCCCUCUACAAAUAUACUCAUGAGUUUGUGAAGAAGUGCACUCAAUAUCAGAAUCAAGGUGGGGUGUCCAAAAGACACGAGUUGCCUCUUAUUCCCAUUUUAGAAGUUGAGCUAUUUGAUGUUUGGGGAAUAGAUUUCAUGGGCCCAUUUAUGAGUUCGUUUGGCAAUAAGUAUAUUUUGGUGGCCGUAGAUUAUGUUUCUAAAUGGGUAGAGGUUGUUGCACUUCCAAACAAUGAAGGGAAAAAUGUUGUUCAAUUCCUGAAACGCUACAUCUUUGCUAGAUUUGGUACUCCUCGGGCUAUUAUUAGUGAUGGGGGAUCCAAUUUUUGCAAAAAGUAUUUUGCAUCCACAUUGAGCAAAUAUGGAGUGAAACACAAAGUGGCGACUCCGUAUCAUCCCCAAAAAGCGGCCAAGUUAAAGUGUCGAAUCGGGAGAUCAACAGUAUCCUAG